CAAGGGACUCAGGGUGCUUCCAAGCAGGCUGCAAAGUCUUCUCUGAGAGAAGUGGUCCCUUCGGACCUAUUUAUGCUGAUGUAAACACUUGCCAAGGAAACAAGGCGUGUGGGCAUGCGCGGCCCUCCUGGCCCCGGGGUUGCUGCAAACGGCAACUGGAAAGUCACAUGUCCUCACAGUGGAAAAUACAUAUGCAGCUAUUCUUAGCCCUGGAAUGUAUACACCGUCUCCCUGCCCACAGUUCUGUCGCAAAGCUCUAGAAAACUGUGAAAGCGCCUGUAGCAUAAACAAGUCCAGAACUCUCCCAGGACCAAUCACUUGUCAACUGAAGGAAAGGCCCGGGUUUAUGGUUUCACUUGGAGCCAGAGGUGGAAACUCCGGCGGGACCAGUCGGACCAGGCACCGGGGGCUCUCCCUGCAGCCAAGCAAGAGGGCCACACCCCCCAGAAUGAGAACCUCAGGGAAUGACUAACCCCCAGAAAGAUGGCAAGAUGAGUUCACUAAAUAACAGAAGGCCGAGAAUCUGGAGAAAGGCUCACAGACUUCCACUGGUCAAGUGCACGGGCUGUUAUUUUGCUUCCGGCUAACAUUCCAGCCCCUGGCAAUCAGUAACGUCCUACAGCCUUCCUUGUUUUGGUUUGCUUGCUUUUCCUCAGAUUAUCUAAAGAUGUUAUUUGCCUGUUCCCUUUCAGAACAAUCAUAACCAAAAAGGGAGGUGUCUGCUGGGAGGUCUGGAGUGUGGGUGGCCUCCCUCUGCAAUCUUCACUAAGCGAUAUUCCUGGCGAUACCCACACACACUGGUGAGUGGGCACAGAUGCUCUAAGUCUCCGCGCCGCCACGGCUAAACCCUCCAGCACGUGCUCCCUCUUGGGACUCCUCCCUGUCUUUGCAGGAUGGACAAAGACUCAGCAGAUGGGCUGCUCUUCAAGGACCAUGACUUCUCCUCUGACUUGUUGAGGCAGCUCAAUGGCUUAAGACAAAGCAGAACCCUGACUGAUGUAAUCAUCUGUGCUGGGGCCUGGGAGGUCCCCUGCCACCGAAACGUGCUGGCCUCCAGCAGCCCCUACUUCCGGGCCAUGUUCUGCAGCAACUUCCGGGAGAGCGUGGAGGCCAGGGUCCAGCUGAGAGGCAUUGACUCCUCGACCCUGGAGCAGCUCGUCCUGUAUGUGUACACAGGGGAGGUGCCCAUCACGGCUGAGAACGUUCUGCCCCUGAUGGAGGCUGCCUCCAUGCUGCAGUAUCCCAAGCUCUUUGAGGCCUGCUCCUCCUACCUGCAGAGCCAGCUGACCCCCAGCAACUGCCUGGGCAUGAUCAGACUCUCGGAGAUCCUCAGCUGCGAGACCCUCAAGAAGUCAGCCAGGGAGGUGGCCCUGGCGUACUUCCCAGAGGUGGCUGCAUCUGCUGACCUGAAGGAGCUCUGCGCCUUGGAACUGAGAGACUACCUGGGGGAUGAUGGGCUGUGUGGGGAGGAGGAAAAGGUGUUUGAGGCCUUCAUGGGUUGGGUCAGGCAUGACCUCCAGACCCGGAAGCGAUACAUGCAGGAACUGUUCAAGCUCGUCAGGCUUCCGUACAUCCAUCCAGCCUUCUUCCACCACUUCAUCGCCAACGAUGCCCUCCUCCAGUCCUCGCCCGCGUGCCAGAUCGUCUUGGAGAUGGCCAGGAGGCAGAUGUUUUCUUUGUACGGCACCGCCAGUGUCCCAGACCUCCAACCUCCAUGGCACGUGCCCCCAAGGAACUCUUACCAAGACUUCCUCAUCCUCUUGGGUGGCAGGAAGGACAACCAGCAGACCACCAGGGACGUUCUGCUGUACCACAGGCAGACAGGCCAAUGGCGGAGCCUCGCCAAACUGCCCACCCGGCUCUACAAGGCCGCAGCCGUUGCCUUGCACCGCAGCGUCUACGUGCUGGGAGGCAUGGCCGUGGGCACAGAGAAGAGUGAGCCCAGUCGCCAUGUCUACAUCUUCUCCCUGAAACUCAAUCAGUGGAGGCUGGGGCAGCCCAUGCUGGCGGCUCGCUACUCCCACAGAAGCACCUCCCAUAGGAACUUCAUCUUCUCUAUCGGGGGGAUUGGGGAGGGGCAGGAGGUCUUGGGAUCCAUGGAGAGAUAUGACAGCAUCUGCAACGCCUGGGAGAACGUGGCCAGCAUGCCAGUGGGGGUUCUGCACCCUGCAGUCGCUGUGAAAGACCAAAGACUCUACCUUUUCGGGGGAGAGGACAUCAUGCAGAACCCUGUGCGCCUUAUCCAGGUUUAUCACAUUUCCAGAAAUACAUGGUUCAAAAUGGAGACGAGAAUGAUCAAGAAUGUGUGUGCCCCUGCAGUGGUGCUUGGGGAGCGGAUUGUCAUCGUGGGAGGUUACACAAGGAGGAUUCUAGCUUAUGACCCUCAGUCCAACAAAUUUGUCAAAUGUGCGGACAUGAAAGACCGGAGGAUGCACCACGGGGCCGCAGUGAUGGGGAGCAAGCUCUACGUGACAGGGGGCCGGCGGCUGACCACGGACUGCAACAUCGAGGACUCGGCCUCCUUUGACUGCUACGACCCCGAGACAGACACCUGGACAUCCCAGGGACAGCUGCCUCACAAACUCUUUGACCACGCCUGCCUCACUCUCCAGUGCAUUCCCCACACCUCCACCUUCUCCUGAGGUCCAUCAGAAACCAAAAUAUCGGCUGUGUUAGUCCAGAUGCUUUUGUUGCAAGAGACAGAACCCAACUCCAAAAAGCUUAACCCUAAAGAGAUGCAGCGAGAGCUCACAAGACUCAAAGUUCAAGAGUCUGGAGGCCUGGAAUCAGGCCUACUGUUGG